CGCUUGUCAUUGUGCAAUGGUCUCUUUUCACUAAGUGAGCUCCGUGUCCUCGAGAGAAGAAGCUAAUUGGCUCGCCCAGUUAGCGUAAUUAAACGUGACGCCGGCCGGAAGUGUAACAUCGCCCGGAUUUAAAUCACUUGGACUGCGCCGCCUGGCUCCUCCUUGUGGACAAAAUGAGCCCCGAAAAGAGAGACUGUACGGUCAGCGUUAGCCGACUGCGACACAGCACGAGCUAGCUAGCCUGCUAAGCUAAGCUAGUUCGCCCAGGCGUCUGGAUUUGGGACGUGGACGCGCGCGUACAGACAGGGGGGCUCCCCAGUCACCCCCAUGUUCCUCCGAUGAAACCCCUUAACUCCAUGAAACGAGCCCCGCAUCCCACUCCUCAAAGCGGUGACGACGCCUUCCUCCAUGAGCCAGUCUCCUGGCAACCAGUAGCCAAUCAGCACCCGGGAUCUCUCUCUGUAGUAACCACAGUGUGGGGCGUGACCAAUCCCACGCACAGCCAGGUGAUCAGAGCGCCACCUAUGGGUCCCGGAGACAGCACGGGCGGUCACAUGAUGCCCGGCGGCGGCGGCGGGCCCGGUAUGUCCGGCGCCAUGGGCCCGCAGUUCAUGAGCCAGCAGGCGUACGGCGAUGCCAUGUCCAAAGGCUACGGCCAGCCGCUCAUGUAUGGACGCCCCAACGCGGCGUACAACCCCGUGGCGGCCUACGGCGGCAGUUACCCCGGUAACAGCGGCGGCAUGGGUGUGCGCCCCUCCUCGGACUUCACCACCGCCGCCGCCGCCGCCGUGGCAGCCGCCACGGCCACGGCCACCGCCACCGCCACCGUGGCGGCCAUCCAGGAGAAGCAGAACCAGGACAUCAACUACGCUCAGAUGGGCGGAGCCCCCUCGUACAGCCCCCAGUUCAUGUCCCACGGCCCUCGCGGACCCCCGGCCAUGCACCAAGGCGGUAUGGUCUCAAGCAGGCCCGGACCACCGCCACCUUCUGGCGGGGGCUUGUACCCCCCGCACCCCGGAGCCACCCAGAAGAUGCAUGGAGGAGGAGGAAGUGGCGGGUAUCCUGGUGCGACCCAGGGACUCAAACGCACCUUCCACUCUGAGUUCGGCGGCGGCGGGAUGUCGUCCAUGCCGCCGUACCCUCAGCAGCCUCUGCAGUACCCCCCCGGACCGCAGCAACGGUGCGCCCCCUCCCCCUCGUACCCGUCCGGCCGCAUGCCCCCCAUGAGCCAGUACGGCUCCGGCUCGCACAGCAACCCGCCGCCGUUCCCCCCCGGUGGCGGCCAGCCCAACCCGCCCCAGUACUACAAGUCGGAAGUGUUUAAUGGGCAGACGAGCCUGUCCCCUGCAGGCCCGGGAGGAUAUAGCGCCUUCACUCAGGCGGCAUCCAGCGGGCCGGGCCGAGGCGGAGGGAUGCCCGGGUACCCCAGCUCCCCGAUGGGCGGCAAUCCCACACCUCCCAUGACUCCCGGCACCUCUGUGCCGCCUUACCUCUCCCCGGGCCAGGACACCAAGCCCCCCUACAUGCCCCCUGACGUCAAAAGCAACAUGGGCAGCCCGCCGCCCGCCACAGGUAACCCGAGCGACGACCUUCGCCUGACCUUCCCAGUGCGGGAUGGCGUAGUGUUGGAGCCUUUCAGACUGGAGCACAACUUGGCCGUCAGCAACCACGCCUUCCAGCUUCGAGACUCCGUCUACAAAACGCUCAUGAUGAGGCCAGAUCUGGAGCUGCAGUUCAAGUGCUACCACCACGAGGACCGGCAGAUGAACACCAACUGGCCCGCUUCGGUGCAGGUGAGCGUCAACGCCACGCCCUUGUCCAUCGAGCGCGGCGACAACAAGACCUCCCACAAGGCUUUGUACCUCAAGCAAGUGUGCCAGCCCGGACGCAACACGGUCCAGAUCACCGUCACCGCCUGCUGCUGCUCGCACCUGUUCGUGCUGCAGCUGGUCCAUCGGCCCUCCGUCAGGUCGGUGCUGCAGGGGCUCAUGAAGAAGAGGCUGCUGCCCGCAGAACACUGCAUCACCAAGAUCAAGAGAAACUUCAGCAGCGGCACCAUCCCCGGGACCCCCGGGCUAAACGGAGAGGACGGCGUGGAGCAAACUGCCAUCAAAGUGUCGCUCAAGUGUCCGAUCACCUUCCGACGCAUCCAGCUGCCGGCGCGAGGACACGACUGCCGCCACAUACAGUGUUUCGACCUGGAGUCGUACUUGCAGCUCAACUGUGAGAGAGGAACGUGGAGAUGUCCCGUCUGCAAUAAGACUGCGCUGCUGGAGGGACUGGAGGUGGACCAGUACAUGUUGGGGAUCCUGGUCUACAUCCAGAAUUCCGACUACGAGGAGAUCACCAUCGACCCGCUGUGCGGCUGGCGGCCGGUGCCCGUCAAGCCCGACCUGCACGUGAAGGAGGAGCCCGACGGGCCGGCGCUGAAACGCUGUCGCACCGUCAGCCCGAGUCACAUGGUGCUGCCCAACGUCAUGGAGAUGAUCGCCGCGCUGGGACCCGCCUCCUCGCCGUACGCUGCCGGCGGGCCGCCGGCGGGGGGCGGGAGGGGGAGCCCCGACUACAACAGGCCUGGGAGUCGAGGCUUUGCCAGCCAAUCGGCUUUCCCCGAAUUCCCCAACACUCCCGGCACGCCCACCCUGGGGGAGUACCCUUCCUCCGGCCCGCCGCUGUCCUACCAGGCCGAGCAGGCGUCGCACCCGCCCCACAAUGCCUUGCUCCCGCAGCACGCCGGCCAGAGCCUCGGCGACGAGAGGAGCGGCGUCGCCUCCCACAACGCGCGGCCGCACGCCGAGGGCUCCUUCGCCCUGGGAGCCCCCCCGGGAGGCGCCGGAGGGGAGGCGGCGGAUCACUCGCUAGAUCUUCUGCCCGAGCUGACCAACCCAGACGAGCUGCUGUCCUACUUGGGUCCGCCUGAUCUGCCCAGCAACAGCAGCGACGACCUUCUGGCACUCUUUGAGAACAACUGAGUGCCUUUCACCUCCUCCUCUUCCUUCUCUUUCUCCUCCUUUUUCUUCUCCACUUCUUUCUCCUCCUCCUCCUUCUUCCUGCUCCUUCUACUUCCUCUUCCUCUUCCUCUUCCUGCCCCUCCUCCUCCUCAAUCCGUCACUCAAUUCAUUUUUGUGUAACCAGGGACGACUGCAGUCGGUGCUCGCUGGGAAAUGACGAGGAAGCGUUAAAAUUUGUCCAAAUUGGUGUCGUUUGUCCGCACUAGUAGGACAAUUCAGCGCACUAGUAGAACAACUGUCAAACUACACUGACAAAAAUAUACACUUCCAUCUUGGGUUACACAUGAUUAAAAUGGGGUAAACAUCAUUUUCCCUCUUUUCCUGGAAAAUAAUCAAAUAAUAAAUGUUGUUUUAACACUUUUGAAUCAUUUGUUCCACUGACGUCAAUUCAAAUUAUACUUUUUUCAGUCUUAUAGGAACUCCUAGUUCAUUUUCCCACUCCUAGUGCCACUUUUGGCCUACUAGUAUUGUGCAUUUAAACCUUAAUAGUAAACUGCUGUGCUGCAGUAGUAACACUACUCAGCCCAACUUACAGGCAUAUGUCAUGCACUAGUAGCCUCCUGGCGGCACGGUGGCCGACUGGUUAGACCGUCAGCCUCACUGUUCUGAGGUGCGGGGUUCAAUCCCCGUCCCUGCCUGUGUGGGAUGUUUGCAUGUUCUCCCCGUGCCUGUGUGGCUUUUCUCCGGGCACUCCGGUUUCCUCCCACAUCCCAAAAACAUGCAUUAAUUGGAGACUCUAAAUUGCCCGUCGGCAUGAAUGUGAGUGCGAAUGGUUGUUUGUUUGUAUGUGCCCUGCGAUUGGCUGGCAACCCGUUCAGGGUGUACCCCGCUCCUGCCCGAUGACAGCUGGGAUGGGCUCCAGCACGCCCGCGACCCGAGUGAGGAGAAGCGGCUCAGAAAAUGGAUGGAUGGAUGGAUAGUAGUCUCCUGGAUGCUACUAGUAGCUCAAAAUGCCCACUUGGAGUUUUGCCUCACUAGUAACGUAGUUUUCCUACUAACGUGCAGAAAUAUCAUAGUCGUGGAAACAUUUUUUUACUAGUGCGCCAUUGUUGUUCUAGCAGUGCCCUGAAAUGUGGAAAGUUUUUUUAAGUGCUAUCCUUGAUAUCCUGUUUAAGGUCCAUGUACUAUUACUCUCUUUGUCCUUACUAGUAGGACAACUUCAGCGAACUAGUACAAAUACUACAUGUGACUAGUGAGGCAAAAGUGUGCUAGUUGUCAACUAAAUGCUACUAGUGCUAGUGGCAUGAGAUGAUUCUUCUGGUUUACAUCUAGCACUUCUCCAGUUGUACUCGUCGGGCAUGGAUGUCAACUAGUGCAGAGUUCUGCCUCACUAGUAACGUAGUUGUCCUACUGCCUAUUAGUGUACUAGUACAUGGACCUUAAGCUGGAAGUUAAAGAGCUUUCAAACGGAUUUCCCGAUUUGAGGCGAAAUUGUUGAACUACUGUGACAACACCCGCAUUGCAGCAUUCCGCCCCGUGACGUGAAUAUUUACGUCUUUUCAUCGCUCUGCCUUUCUUCUUCUUCGUCGUCGUCGUCGUCGUCUUCUUCCAGUUCGUUUCUCAUCCGCGUCGACCCCCGCAAGCUUUUUUCUAACAGACACUUGAGGUCCGAAAAACAACAGUAACAAAAAUGUUGACUUUUACUUUGGGGGUUGGGGGAGUGGCGACUGAACUGCAAAUUUACUAUUAAACCCGUUUUUAAGAUGUAAACUAUUGCACAUUUUCUAACACACACACAUACACACAAUUUAAUUGCCAUUGUUUUUCUAUUUAUUUUGUAAUCAUUGUUACCAUUGAUUGUACCUGCGGUUGCUUUGUUCAUUUGCUGGAGCUCGAAAAUGAGGAUUAAAACCACUUUGAUUAUUUCAACAAACGUCUUAUUUUGUUUCCCACGUUAAGCUUUUUAACUGCCUGCUCGACCAAUCAGGGUAGAGCACAUUAAGAUGGCGAAUAAUCAUAUACACACAAAGAUGCCAGCUCAACACAAAUUAUUUAUUUAUCAUAUCAAAGACGUUUUUGUCGAAAGGUCAAAAGUGUGACCCGCAGAUUAGGUCACGAUAGAAGUAGUCAACAUAUUUAGUAUUUUCUGCAACAUUUACAUGCCUUGAGAAAAAAGGCAAUGAAAUAAUAGAAAAAUACAGUGAAUCUGCUGUCGCCUAACAUUUGUGGUUUCCUUGAAGAAACGUAACUUUUCUUUGAUUCUGUAAAAUGCUCCUUUUAUAAAAACAAUAUAGAUCAUGUACUUAAUUUACUUGAAGUCAGACACGUCCUAAUAAUUGUAAUUUGUACGUGACGAAUCUGUUACCGGCUAACGUUUAACAUUAAACUAGCGCGUAUGUGUUUGAUUUGAGCACCAUGGAACGCCGCGUGUUUGAAGGUAUAGCUUUUCCAUGCUGCUCCGCCCGCGCGGACUGUUGCGG